GCGAGGUAUGUAUACUAGCACUUUAAAUGCGGGUCGCAGUGGUACGUUUCGUCGUCCUUCUGUCACAUGUAUGGUGUAGAGCUUGUUGACAGAGAGUCAAGCAGUAGGCAAGCUAUAGACAUUACAACAUGCUGUACCUACUUAUAGAUUCAAGAAGCUGAGGUGCGAGAGCCUUGUUACUGUAAAAGGAGCGCGAAGUCCUGUUAUACUAGUAGCAGGCGUCGCGGAGGCCCGAGGGCCUCCAUGCCCGAGGGUCAGAGCUUGAACUCGGCGCCUGGGCUACAACGCGCCUACCUAUUGUACGGGGCAACAUGCUGGCUCACGGCCGAGAAGACGUCUCGUUGCCGCCUGUCUGGCCUGUUGACACCCGCGGAGGGCUCGGGUGCGCAGAGCCUAAGGGCCUGAGGCUAGAGCCUAAGGAGGCUGAGGCCCAUCGGCCUGAGCUUCAGAGAAUGGCAGCCCUCCUCUAAGCCCCUCGCAGCAGCAAAGCCGCCAUUUUUUCGAAACUGUCCAUGUCCCCUGCGCUCAAUGCAUGCAUCCAUUCCAUCCAUUACCAUCACUCUCGCUCGCUCAUCUUUGAAGCCAUCACUCGCCGUCGCCAGCUGUCCGAGGAGGGGAUUGUGACCGCUUCAGUACCCUCACUUGUGCUCCCCAGAGAUCUGCUCUGAACCAGAGAACGGGGAAGCUCCGAGCCAGCGGACCCCUACUCACCACGUACAUAGUAGUGCAUGCAUUGAACGGCAUACCACUGGCGAUACCUACCAUUUUCCAAGACCGAGAUAGUCUCCGACCAUACCGCCGCAGAACUGAACCCCCAGUUGUCCAUUUCAAAAGCCUCUCUUCCUCCCGAAUACACAGUCAACAUUGGCGCCCCUUCUACGCCUGCAAAGCUCGCCUGGUCUCCAGCAUCGCCCUUCGCCCACAACGACGCCCGAGAUGCGCGUUUUCCGCAUUUGCUGACGUGAGCCGACCUUUCCGAACUCCCAGCUCUCCUACUGCGCAAAUCCGAUCCUCCACAUCCACCAGUCCUACGCACCCUCCACGGGUCAAUUGGUCGAAUAAAGACUCCUGCGACGACAUUUGUCGACGCUGCAAUUUCCUGGGCCAGAGACCGGUCAUUCCCUGCCCCUGGUUGAUGCACAGCAUAACGCCAUACCAUGGCGCGAAUACACUUCAACAGUGGUGAGGGUGAGGGCGAGGGCAAUCAUGUCUCGAGACCGGUAAAGAGAAUGCGCUGGGCUACAACUCGUAAAACCGGCCAGAGCGGGGUCAAGAAGAGGCUUUCUCUGCUUCAGAGAGUGCCCAAAGUGAGACUCUCGGCUUACGAGGAAAAGCCCGACGGCCAGGAUAACCAUGGCGAGAUUUCGAAGGACAGUCCAAUGGGCCAGCAACAGCCGCAAAAAGAGGAGGAAUCGCAGGGACGGACAAUAUACGUGAAUGUACCACUCCCUGACGACGCCAAAACGGAGGAUGGCCACCUCAAGGCGCAAUACUCGAGGAACAAGAUUAGGACGUCCAAAUACACGCCCCUCAGUUUUGUGCCAAAGAACCUGUGGUUCCAAUUCCACAAUAUCGCCAACGUAUACUUUUUGUUCAUUGUUAUUCUCAGUAUUUUCCCCAUCUUCGGCGCCUCCAAUCCAGGCUUGGGCUCUGUUCCCUUGAUCUUUAUUCUAACGGUGACUGCCAUCAAAGAUGCAGUGGAGGAUUGGCGCAGGACGGUGCUGGACACCGAGCUCAACAAUUCCCCUGUUUACAGGCUGGUGGAUUGGGACAACGUGAAUUCAUCGGAGGACGACAUCUCCAUGUGGAGGCGUUUCAAGAAGGCUUGCACGAGGAUGGUGAUUGCCACCUACCGCCAAAUGAAAGGCAUGAAAAACAAGAAACACCGACGUUCCGAGAAGGACGUUGAUGGUGGCUCUCUGCAGCGUCAGGAUUCUGCGGCGACUCGGCCGACUAUUCGGACGUCCAUUUAUUCGGAAAGGGCUUCGUUUCACUCCACUCAUAGCCAAACGGGCGACGACAUUGCGAUGACGCCUGUUCCAUCUCCAGGCUAUCGAGCGAGCUUAGGAGCUGAAGGCCAGCUCUCUUCCGCUGGAGAGCCGCCUAGCAGCGCCUUUUCUUUCAACACCGCAGAGUCCGGCCUGGGCGGGGAUAACGCGCCAUCCAUGCUCCGGACACACGAACCACCGAACGGAAAAAGCAAUCUCCACCCGCAAAGGGACUACGGCAGUAUUCUUAAUCCCUAUAAAGAAGUUCCAGAUAAAGCCCGGUUCAAGAAGGAUUACUGGAAGAACGUCCAAGUUGGAGAUUUCGUCCGCAUCUACAACGACGAGCAGAUUCCGGCCGAUGUGGUGGUCCUCUCCACCUCCGAUCCGGACGGUGCUUGCUACGUCGAGACCAAGAACUUGGACGGCGAGACAAAUCUGAAAGUUCGUCAAGCGAUCCAGGCAGGACGAAAAGUGAAGCACGCAAAGGACUGCGAGCGUGCUGAGUUCGUCAUUGAGAGUGAGGGCCCGCACCCGAACCUGUACGCCUACAACGCCGUCGCGCGAUGGCAGCAACAUGAUCCCCGGAACCCUGAUGCUCCUGUUCGUGAAAUGGCCGAGCCAAUCAGUAUCAACAACCUUCUCCUGCGAGGGUGUAGCUUGAAAAACACAGAAUGGAUCCUCGGCGUGGUGGUUUUCACAGGCCGAGAAACGAAAAUCAUGCUGAAUUCGGGUAUGACCCCCAGCAAACGGGCGCGAAUGGCCCGAGAGAUGAACUGGAACGUCAUCUAUAACUUCAUCAUUCUCUUCUUCAUGUGCUUGGUGUCCGGUAUUGUUCAAGGUGUGACCUGGGCCGAAGGGGACAACUCGCUGGACUAUUUCGAAUUUGGCUCGAUUGGUGGUAGUCCUGCCUUGGACGGAUUUAUCACCUUUUGGUCGGCGGUCAUCUUGUUCCAGAACUUGGUGCCUAUCUCCCUGUACAUCACGCUGGAAAUUGUCCGUUCCAUCCAGGCUUUCUUCAUCUGGUCCGAUGUCUAUAUGUACUAUGACAAGCUGGACUACCCGUGCACCCCAAAGAGCUGGAACAUUUCAGACGACCUGGGCCAGAUUGAGUACAUCUUCUCUGACAAGACAGGGACGUUGACCCAGAAUGUCAUGGAGUUCAAAAAGUGUACCAUCAACGGAGUGGCUUACGGCGAGGCUUACACCGAAGCUGAAGCGGGCAUGCGGCGGAGAGAAGGGGCGGAUGUCGAAGCUGAGGCAGCACGUAUCAAUCAGCAAAUCGCAGAAGACCGCGUUAGUAUGCUGAAACAGUUGCGCCAGAUGCACGACAACCCUUAUCUCCACGACGAGCAGCUGACGUUCGUUGCCCCUGAUUUCGUCGCCGAUCUGAACGGCAGGUCGGGUGAAGAACAGGCUCGGGCAAACGAGCACUUCAUGCUCGCGUUGGCUCUCUGUCAUACUGUUAUCACCGAAACCACUCCCGGCGAUCCACCUAAGAUUGAAUUCAAAGCUCAAUCUCCUGAUGAAGCCGCUCUCGUGGCUACAGCCCGUGACAUGGGUUUCACUGUUCUUGGCCGCACCAACGAUGACCUUCAUGUCAACGUCCUCGGUGAAGAUCGAACGUACCGCAUCCUCAACACGCUGGAAUUCAACUCGACCCGGAAGCGGAUGAGCGCCAUUGUGCGCAUGCCUGACGGAAAGAUCAAACUGUUUUGCAAGGGUGCCGAUAGUAUGAUCUACUCCCGGUUGGCGCGAGGCCAGCAGCAAGAGCUCCGGAAAACAACCGCCGAACACUUGGAGAUGUUCGCUCGAGAAGGUCUUAGAACGCUCUGCGUGGCUGAAAGAGAUUUGGACGAAGAAUCCUACCAGGAGUGGAACAAGGACCAUGAUUUUGCGGCACAGGCAUUGACCGACCGGGAGGACCGGCUUGAAGAAGUCGCGGACCGCAUUGAGCGGGAUCUUAUUCUCCUUGGCGGUACGGCUAUUGAGGACCGUCUCCAGGAUGGAGUGCCCGACACCAUUGCCCUACUUGGACAGGCCGGCAUCAAGCUAUGGGUCUUGACUGGUGACAAGGUCGAGACCGCCAUCAACAUUGGGUUUUCUUGCAACCUGUUGUCCAAUGAGAUGGACCUGAUCCUGUUCGACAUGCCUGAAGGGAAGGUCGAGGAUGCUUCCAACCUCCUUGAUCAGCAUCUGAAGACUUUCGGGUUGACUGGAUCGGAUGAGGAGCUAGCAGCCGCUCGACUUGUUCAUGAACCGCCACCCCCCACCCAUGCUCUGAUUAUCGACGGUGAAUCACUCAAGCUGGUCUUGCAGGACGACUUGCGGCAACGCUUCCUCCUGUUGUGCAAACAAUGCAAGUCAGUGCUCUGUUGUCGAGUCAGUCCGGCGCAAAAGGCUGCCGUCGUUCAGCUUGUCCGAAAUGGGCUCGACAUAAUGGCGUUGUCCAUUGGUGACGGCGCCAACGAUGUAGCCAUGAUUCAGGAGGCUGAUGUUGGUGUGGGCAUUGCCGGCGAGGAGGGUCGCCAGGCGGUCAUGUCGUCUGACUACGCCAUUGGCCAAUUCCGCUUCCUCCAGCGACUUGUUCUGGUCCAUGGUCGCUGGUCCUACAGGCGGCUGGCCGAGGCAAUUGCCAACUUCUUCUACAAGAAUUUGGUCUGGACGUUCGCCCUUUUCUGGUACCAGAUAUACAACAGCUUUGACAUCACGUACCUCUUCGACUAUACUUACAUUCUCUUGGUGAACUUGGUGUUCACGUCUGUUCCGGUUGGAUUGAUUGGUAUUCUCGAUCAAGACGUCAGUGACAAAGUUUCGCUUGCCGUGCCACAGCUCUAUCGCCACGGCAUGGAACGAAAGGAAUGGUCGCAGAAGAAGUUUUGGUUCUACAUGGCCGAUGGCCUGUACCAAUCGGCCAUAUGUUAUUUUAUGGCCCAUCUCCUCUUUGCACCUGCCACGUUCGUCACCGAAAAUGGACGAGGCAUUGAUGACCGAAGCAGGAUGGGUGUCUACGUUGCUUGCGUCGCCAUCGUCGUCAUCAACUCUUAUAUUCUGCUCAACACGUACAAAUGGGACUGGAUCAUGGUCUUGGUGACCACCAUCAGUAUUCUAUUGAUCUUUGCCUGGACCGGAAUCUACUCCUCCUUCGAGGCGUCAUUCCAAUUCUACAAGUCUGGCGCGGAAGUGUAUGGAGCGUUGACAUUUUGGGCACUGUCGCUCUUGACAAUCAUCCUGUGCCUACUGCCCCGCUUUUCCAUCAAAUACUUCCAGAAGAACUUCCGGCCCUACGAUAUCGACAUCAUCCGGGAACAAGUGCGACAGGGAAAGUUCAAGUACCUGGACGAAUAUGAAGCCUAUGUUCCGCCGAAAAUCGUGGACGUGUCUGGGACAUCAUCAGAACAGCCGACGGAGGACAUACCAACCGAGAACGACGGACACCAAGGCCAUGCCCGAUAUCCCAGCAUGGCCGAAUCUCAGCGACCCAUAUAUCCACCCUCAGAGGCGCCGACGCGAGAUACGCGCCACCCUCACAGCCAAACUGGAAGUGACGGGACGGAUCGAACGAAGCCUUCCCUUGACAUGACACGCCAUUAUGGAGACUCAUCGCCUCCAGAAAGGGCGUACCGCAGAAGACCCUCCCUAGAGCGAGUGCGCUCAUCCUUCGACAGAUCUCGGCAGUCGUUCGAGAGGGUCAGACCAAGCUUUGAGGGAAGCCGGGAUUUCACGAGUGCAGCGAUGCUGAGUAGGAUAGAGUCAAGUUACUCGCAACCUGCCAGCUCGGUUUACUCGCAGCCAGGGUUGUCCACAACCAAUACGAGAAGGACCCAGACGCGUGAUAUUUCCCAAGAGCGUCAAUAGCAACCUGAACGCUAGGACCGCUGUGGUAUUUCACGACUCAUGAUUUCCUGAUGCUGUGAUGAAUACGGCGACCGUAGUACUGGGCGGGUUGAGCUGUCUGGAAGGCUGGUUUCUGUUUAUUUAGCGAGUUUUGCGCUUUGUAAAUACUUAGAUAUAUCCACAGGAGAUAUUGUGGCCGGAAUUACAUUGUAUGCACGGAUGAGUGAUUUUCAAGCGUUCCGUACGUUUCAUGGCCAGAAGAAUCGCUGUGUAGGCUUUUGUGCUCGAGUACAAUAUCUCGGCAAGGAUGCAAUAGGUUCAGCUAUCUUAACCUGGCUAUAGAAGAGUGAC